AAAUCACUUUGACAUUUGACGUUUAUUGGCUUAUUCGUUUCUUGUCAAUAUAAUAUCAAUACAACACAAAAGCGGAUUAUUUUUUGUGAGAAUCUAUAAUAAUGUGGCACGAGGCGAGAAAACAAGAGCGAAAAAUUCGCGGUAUGUUAGUAGAUUACCGCAAAAGAGCCGAACGAAGACGAGAUUUCUACGAGAAAAUUCGAGCUGAUCCUACACAGUUUUUACAACUGCACGGGCGACAAUGCAAAAUCCAUUUGGAUCCUAAUGUGGCUGCUGCAGCUGAUAGUCCUGCUGCGAUGAUGCCUUGGCAAGGACAAACUGAUAACUUAAUCGAUAGAUUUGAUGUUAGGGCUCAUUUAGAUUAUAUCCCACCUGUUAAUAAUAAAUUUGAAGAAGAUGAAAUAACCAACGAAGAACGCCAAUUAAAUUAUGAGAGGUAUAGAAUUAUUGCUCAAAACUCCUUUUUGGGAAUUACAGAAGAAAAGUUUCUUAAGCAACUCCAUUUAGAGGAGCAAUUUGGUUACACUGAAAACGAAAAGAACAAAACUAAAAAGACAGGAGGAGCUGCUAUUGGUUUCAAUUAUGAUGAUGGGACAGCCCCUACACCUGCAAUUCCACCAUCAAACAGUUCGGAUGAACAAUCUGAUAGCGAUUUAGAUGUAGACCUUGCAAUAAACGUUUCAAAAAUGGACCCAAUGCAAGCUCAUGAAAUGAAUAGGCAUGGGCGUAAUUUCGGGAUGAGUACAAACGAUUUUUACUCAUUUUUAACAAACGAUAUGGAGGAAGCUGAAAAUUAUAGGCUUGCCAAGGAAGAAGAACAUGAAAAGGCUUUAUUUUCUGGGCGAAAAUCACGUCGGGAACGAAGAGCACAUCGUGAAAAACGUUUGGCAAACCGAGUUUUAAGCCCUCCAAGUUACGCAGCUCGAAUUUCACCAACAUAUCCAAUCCUGCGGUUAAGUAAAUCGGUCUCAAAAUCUCCAUCUCCGGAAAACACCGGAAAAAUAACUUACAUAACAUCCUUCGGUGAUGAAGAUGAACCCAGUUCAUCUUCAAAACCAACUUACGCCGAUAAAGUAAAAUACGGAAAACCGAAAAAAUCCGAUUCAAACAAAGAACAUCGCAUCGUUUAUUUCGACGUCUCAGCCGGAAAUAAUCACGAACGCCACAAAAAGCGACCCCGCUUUGAAAGCAGCGAUGAUUCAAGUCCGAGGCGAUCAAAAGAAAGAAGAAGAUCUGCCCAUAGAUCUUAUUCAAAACGGUACCGAAGAAGAUCUUCAACGAGUUCAUCCAGUUUUAGUUCAUCUUCAUCUUCAACAAGUUCUUCGAGAAGUCAUUCUAGAAAAAGGAGUUUAUCGAGAAAUCGAAGGAGUUUAUCACGAAGUCGAAGAAGUUUGUCGAAAAAUCGAAGAAGUUUGUCAAAGAAUCGAAGGAGUUCAUCAAAAACUCGAAGUUUAUCGAAAAAUCGAAGAAGUCGAUCAAUUUGUAGAUCAAGAAGGAGAUCUUAUUCCAGAUCAAUUUCAAAAGAAAGUUCAUCAAGAUCAAGGAGAAGAUCAAAAAGUCGCAAUCGAAGUCGAAAAAGUCGAAGUUCGUCGAGAAGUUCAAGAAGUUUUAACUCUUCAUCGACAACUUCACCGAAAAAAGUACCAAUUAAAAAAGAAACUACGACCUCAAGAAGUCGGAGUCCUUCGGUGAAGAAAGAAUCGCCACCAAAAGUUAUGACUAGGUAUUAUGGCAGGAAAAGAAGCGAUCAAAGUUCGUCCGAGUCGAGCGAAGUUGAUGAAGGAGCUAAAGAUAACGCUGUUGAGGAUCCUCAGGUUUCUACAUUGAAAAGCAGUGGUAAUUCUGGCACUUCAACCAAAAAAACUCCUACAAAUUUAAGCCUCCAAGAGCGGCUUAGAAGAAAAAGACAAGCUUUGUUGAAUAAACAAUUCAAAGCUGAUAAAAUAGCUGAACAAUUAAAGACUGAACGAGAAAAACAAGAACAACAAAAUCGAGAAGAUGAAUUGAGAGAAAUGGCUAUUAAACUUAGAAGAAGACAAAGAGAAAGACGUCACGCUUAUGAUAGUAACUCGACUUCUUCGUCUGAUAACGACCGGAAAUCAAAAAGUCCACUUCCAACCGUUGAAUACAAAAGAAGUAAGUCGAAUAGUCCAAGUCGUGAUAGAAAAAGUAGAGAUUCGAGAGAUUUUAAAGACUCCAAAAAAUACGAUACGAAGAGAGAUCGUGAUCGUGAUCAUCGCAGUGAAAAAUCUUCUCGUUACGAAGAUUCUAAAUCGUAUAAAAGCGAUAACGAUCGUGAUAAAGCUUAUAGAAAGCGUGAUGAUUAUGAUUCAAGGCGAGAAAGUUAUAAAAAUAGGGAUCAUGGGCGAUCAUUGGUUGAUUAUUAAAUUGUGAAUCCUAUUAAUUAUUUUGAGGUUAUAUUGCUUUCAGAUUUAUGUUGUAACAAUUACAUUGUAUUAAUUAAAUAUAUGUAUUGGUAUAUUAAAA